AGCAAUCAGAUGGCUUAUGCAGAAAGUUGGAAAAAGCUUGUAUUAGUCCCAAGCCUCAAAAACCAUGGGAUAAAGACGCCUGGGAAAUUCCACGGGAAUCAAUUAAAUUAGUGAAGAAACUUGGAGCUGGUCAGUUUGGAGAAGUCUGGAUGGGUUACUAUCAUAACAGUACGAAAGUGGCUGUGAAGACUCUGAAGCCUGGAACGAUGUCUGUGCAAGCCUUUCUGGAGGAAGCCAACCUCAUGAAAACACUUCAGCAUGAUAAGCUCGUUAGGCUUUAUGCUGUAGUGACCAAAGAAGAACCUAUUUAUAUUAUAACAGAAUUCAUGGCUAAAGGAAGUUUGCUGGAUUUUCUGAAGAGUGAUGAAGGAAGUAAAUUGUUGCUUCCAAAACUAAUUGACUUCUCUGCUCAGAUUGCAGAAGGGAUGGCAUACAUAGAAAGAAAAAAUUAUAUCCAUCGAGAUUUGAGAGCAGCAAAUGUUCUGGUUUCGGACUUACUGAUGUGCAAAAUUGCUGAUUUUGGACUAGCAAGAGUCAUCGAAGACAACGAAUAUACAGCAAGGGAAGGUGCAAAAUUCCCUAUUAAAUGGACAGCACCAGAGGCAAUUAACUAUGGAUCUUUCACUAUUAAAUCUGAUGUGUGGUCAUUUGGGAUUCUCCUGUAUGAAAUUGUUACAUACGGAAAGAUUCCUUAUCCAGGUAUGAGCAAUUCAGAUGUGAUGGUUGCUCUUCAGCGCGGGUACCGAAUGCCACGCAUGGAAACCUGUCCAGCUGAGCUUUACGAUAUCAUGAAAACAUGCUGGAAAGACAAAGCAGAAGAGAGGCCAACAUUUGAUUAUUUACAGAGUGUGCUUGAUGACUUCUACACAGCAACAGAAGGGCAGUAUCAACAACAGCCAUAGAACAAAGAACACUUUUUCUAUUGACAUGGCUCAUUGGCACAGACUAUUAUUUCGACAGACUGCUCAAACCAAUUACUUCAUGAGUUUGGAUGUCUUAACCGAGUGUGGAAGCUGAAAUGCUGAAGGAAAGAGUAAUUCUGCAAAGAAAUAAUAAUGUUUUUAUUUGGUUAAAACAGUUCCUCUAAAGAUUGAAGUUCUCCUUAAAUGCUCUGGGUUUUGCAUCAACAGAAAACAUCCCAAACCAAGCAGGCUUUUUGGGGUGGGGAGGGAGAAGGAAGGAAAGCGAUCAUGCACCGAUACAGUUUGACAAUGCCUUCCUAGGAUCUAAGUCAUGGAAUACAUUAGAAGGAGACCUUUAUAAAAGGGGUGAGAAGAUGCAUGAACAGCUGUUUUCAAAAGAAAAAGUCAUGAAGGAGAACUUACAGAUUUAAGACAUGGUGAUGUUCUUAAAUUAUCUGUUUUGAAAUACAGCAUAUUGUGAAAAUUAUUUUUAUAUCCUUGUUAUUUCACAUUCGUAGUUGGAGUACUGUCACCUCUUGUAAGACUUUCUAAACAGUGUCAUGAUUUCCCUUAAGGAAGGGUUAUGUAUGUAAUUAUUUACACUGAAGAUGAUUCUGUUUUACUGCUGUAUUACUCAAAUUUAAAAUCCUUUUCAAGGCAUCACACAGCCAUCACAGAUGCAGAAGUGCAAUAGGAACACACAUGAUGGCAGAAGCAGCAGCACACCUAGCUCUGUAUUCAACCUUCACUUUCCCGCAAGGCCAAAAUCAUCAUGUGAAGUCCAUGGGAAAGCACAGGAUUUUGAAGGAAGUUAAUACUUUCAUGGCAGUCGCUGAGACUGUUAC